AUAGAAAAAAAUAAAUUCGAGCCUAGGUAAAUAUGAUUGACGGACACCUAAGAAAGUAUUUCAAAAUAAUCGAUAAUUAAGUGCAUUUGUACUUCGAGUGGAUACAGUAUGGAGAGUGGGUCGCAAUGAGCACUAUCGUAAACAGAAACCACGUGACAGGAAUCGCUGGUUGUCAGGAGUUUUGCAGCAGCGCCACGAAUGACGGCUAAGUCAGAGGAAGUUGCUUGGAGCAGCUGUGCUAGCAUGUAACCUUUCACGAGUGAGUUGGAGCGUCGCUACAGCUGAUAGGAAGGCAACGGCAUUCAUGGAUAUUGUGGACCCCCUAAGCCAGUUAAUUCCCAGUGAUCAGUUGGAUGAGUCCCUGGUAAUAGGUCAGAACUUGGAAUCCGACGCCAGUAAUGAGUUACGACCAGGAUAUAGACCUGAAGAUUCCCUGAAGAACAUGCUCAGUGACAAAGAUCCCAUGUUUGGAUGUGCAAAUACUCAGUUUAAUCUGCUGGGCAAUGAGGAUCCUGCUUUUCAGAUCGCGGAUUCAGCAGGUCCAGACAGUGGUUCCACAUCUAAAGACAUCACAAACUGCAGUGGCCCAAAGCCCAGAAUGCCCACUAACUCCUUAAUUCGAGGAAAACCAGGAAGAAAACCAGUCAACAGGCUACGCAAGUCCUUUCUUAUUGAAAAAGGAGUUAAAGGGCCUAAGCUUAAGCAAGAGCUGGCUCUGGGAGGGCGCAUCAACAUUCAUGAUCUUGAUAGUGGGUUAUGGUUGUAUCCAACAGUUGUGUUGAGGCGACUGACAGUCACAAUUGGAGGAUUUAAGAUUGAGUUGCUUCCAGGACCUUCUUACAUGCAAAGUGGCGAUACCAACCUGUCGGGAAGCUUGGAUGAGACCAUUUAUGAGUCUGAUAUUGGUUUGCCCAUGCUUCCAGAUGCAGUGGUCAGCGGACAAACCCCUAUACCAGAAAGCAUAGUGGAGAUGGAUGUUACUCACAAGAGUGCAGCUGAUGAAGCCGCUCUUGGGCUGGGGCCAUACGUGAACCCCAAUGAUGUGCAGACGUCCAACGGGACCUGUAUGGAGAACCCAUCCAUACCAGAGAGAAAACCCGAAGAUCCGAGUGUCCUGGGAAAACAAAAGCCGGUCGGUGUCAAACAGCCACACUGCAGUCACAAUAACACAGCUGCUGUUUGUAGAAAAACUGACGACGAAGAAAAGCAGCACGCUGUAGUCAAAACAUCCCCCAAAGCUAAGCAAGAACUGGCAUCUAACAAGAACAAGGACUUAGUUCCAUGUAAAACGAUGAAGGACCACAAAGUGACUCAAUUAAAGCCAUCCAAAAGUAUUGAACGAGGAGACCUGCACAAACUGAAAUCCCUCAAGGAUAAACUGGUUGUUUCAUCCUUGAAAAGGCCUUCAGAAGUUGCUCAAAGCCAGCACGCUGCCAAAAUGCAAAAGGUCCAUGGCCCAGCUGACAUUAAAGCGGGGCCAAAAUCUCCAGUUUCUCCAACAAAGAAGAUCCAAGUGUCUGGCAGCCGUCCUGGAGAUCACCAGGGAUCAGCCAAGUCAAAUGCUCCCCACCACGUCUCCAAAGUUGAACCGGCUCACCACGCGCACAAUCAUCCGGGCAAUUCUUUAAAAAAAACCCAAGAGGCAGGGAAUGACGAUUUUAAACUGAAAAAGCUGGAAAAGAUUCUUCAAAGACAGAAAAGUAGAAACUCAAGAAGCAUUUCUGUGGAGGAACCUCAACUUUUCGUUCCAGAUAACGCUCCUGCUGUGAAGAAGGAAGCUGCCGAGGAGCAACCAGCGACCAGUGAGUGUGUCUGGGAUGGCAACAACUGCUGUGGUCUGUGCAAAAAACACCACAACAACAUGUUUAUGGUUGGUUGUGGUCGCUGUGACGACUGGUUCCAUGGUGAUUGCGUUGGUCUCGACUUGGCCAAAGUGCGCGAGAUGGAGGAGGAGGACCAGAUGUAUGUGUGCUUGAAAUGCUGUGAGGAGGAAAGCAAGAAGGUGGAGCCUGAACCCCAGACUGCUGCCAAGCCAGAGACUCAAGCAAAGACUCAGGUACACGAUCACAAGCUGCCUCCUAGAGCCCACCCAGGAUCCUCCCAGACUCCUCCACCAGGGGGGGUCAGACCUGUAGGAAAUCUAACUCAUCCUCUGAUAUUAUUCAUAGCCAGUGUUACCAACCUUACAACGGAUCCAGAAAGAAGACAUUCCACAGGAGCCAGAGAGGUCGCUCAGAAAACAGGUGGUCAGCACAAACAUGAGAGCAAAAGCAAGGCCACAGCUUUGGCUUCAAAAAAACCCGUGUCCGUGGAGGCGAUUCGACGAAGUGUGCGAGAUUCUCUGAAAGACAUCCUCACCCAAAGGUUAAAAGAGUCAGAUUUACACAUUUCAGUGGAGAGAGCCUCUGAGGUUGCCAAGAAGACUGAGAGAGAGCUGUUCCAUCUCUUUAAAGACACUGAUCACAAAUACAAAAACAAGUACAGAAGUUUAAUUUUCAACCUCAAAGAUACAAAAAAUAACGUCCUCUUUAAAAGGGUUCUCAAAGGAGAAAUCUCUCCUGCUAAUUUAAUCCGUAUGAGUCCAGAGGAGCUGGCCUCGAAGGAGUUAGCUGCCUGGCGACAAAGAGAAAACAGACACACAAUUGAGAUGAUUGAAAAAGAGCAGAGGGAGGUAGAGAGGCGACCCAUCACUAAAAUCACUCACAAAGGGGAAAUUGAAAUUGAGAGCCAGGAACCGUUGAAAGUAACGGAGCCGGUCGAGCUUGAGCUUCCUCCCGAAGUGACUGAAGUCCCAGCAGAAACUCCCAAAACUCCAGAGAAAAAAGCCGAACAGACCAAGAAAGAGAAGGACACUACAAGCCAGCACAAGUCUCACCUUUUUGACCUGCACUGCAAAAUCUGCACAGGCCGCAUGGUCCCCCCAGCAGAAGAGGGACCAAGCAAAGCAGCCAAAGUUGCCACCACAGUGGUUCGGAGGCAGUCAACCAAAUCCGAGGAGGGACAAGUUGCAAACCCCCCAGCAAUCGACGAUGACCUACACCUCUCUGUUUUAGAGGAGAGCUUCCGAAAUGCCAAGUCAGGGCUUGAUGCCAGAUCGGAGCACGCAAGUGGAAGGGAUGGAGAGGCUGCUUUUCUUUUCAACCUGAAGCCGCUGUGGCGAGGAUUCAUUCACAUGCACUCUGUGGCUAAACUUGUGACAAGAGCUUUUCCUGUUUCCGGAGUCUUGGACAGUUUGAAAGAGGAUCUCCCUGACAGCAUCCAGGUUGGAGGCAGGAUAAGUCCACAGACAGUGUGGGACUACCUAGAGAAGAUUCGGGCAACUGGAACAAAAGAAGUUUGUUUGGUUCGCUUCACACCCGAAACGGAGGAAGAUGAGAUCUCCUACACCCUCCUUUAUGCCUACUUCAGCAGUCGCAAGCGUUUUGGGGUAGUGUCCAAUAACCUGAAACAAGUGAAGGACAUGUACCUCAUUCCUUUGGGCUCUGUGGAGAAAGUUCCUCAUCAGCUUGUUCCCUUUGAUGGACCAGGUUUGGAGAACAGCCGCCCCAAUCUGCUGCUGGGACUCAUAAUUCGCCAAAGGCCAAAAAGGGAGUUUCUCCCAGUGGAUGCGAAUGAAUCUGUAAAGAUUGUUCCUGAAACCAAGCCCAUCGCUGUUCCAUCCAAAUCUACCAGAGAAACAGAGGAGGAGGAGAAACAUUUCCUGUCUUCCUUGAUGCCUACCAACAAGAAAGAUGUGGACAGGCCGCUGGACAGCACUGAAGACGAGUCGGUUGCCGAGUCUUUCGAAGAGCCACCUGGAGCAGAGGAGCCUGGCAGUCAGGAACCACUGAAACCCCUUCGCUUUCUCCCAGGUGUGUUGGUGGGCUGGGGUGGAAAGUUGCCACCCCUGCCAGACUUUAGCGAUAAACCUGUGACCGCAGGAGAUGACGUGGUGAAGAUCAAACCUGCUUCGAAAUCAAACGCCGUAGCUGAGAACUCCAAAGGUCCUACAGCUGCGGCUCCUCGCUUUGUCAUCAAGAAGAAAGAAGCGAAACCUAAUAAAGCCGAAGCUGAGGUAAAAGUUUCUGCUCCAAACAACUCUGUAGAAAAGGAUCCUGCAGUAACGGUCCAUCACGCAUCCGUCACACUAAAGGAUAAACCCCCAGAUGUGUCAACUGAAGCAUUCCUGGCAGGCUUGUCUGCCGCUGCAAGUGCUACUAAGAGUGGCGCUGCUGUCUCCGCAAACAGCGAUGCUGGCCUUUUGUCUGAAAGUGAAAAACCCACUGAAGGAAAUUCAUCCUCAGAAUCCCAGGCAGCUUUAGAUCACACAAAUAGCUCAAAGCCUCCUUUAAGUGGAAUUCUGAAAAAAUCUGCAUAUUCCUCUGUGCAGGAAGACAAAACAAUGGUGCUGCACAAAGAUAAAGCCAGCCUGCCAAAUCCGUCAAGUCCUAAAGCGGUUCCUAUGAGCAGCAUUAAAAGUGAACCAGUGUUGCCUUUUCAUCAAGGAUAUUUGCAGCUCUCCCAGGCAAGAACAAAAGACCAAAACCAGACUGCUUUGGCAUCGUUUCUCACUAAAAAGAGCAAUCCUGGGACAGGCCAGGCCGCCACUGCAGAAAAGCAAACACUGCAUUGUGCUAAAGCUCAAGCAGAGGGCAGCACUGAAGCUUCUGGGCCCCAAAAUGACCCCGGGACAGAACAGGGCGUCUCGGCUCACGACAGCGGACCUUUGCAGGAGCAGCUUCACAGGAGCGGCGAGGCCUCAGAUGUUCUACCGUCUGACACCAGCUCCACCCCACAGACGGAUGACCAGCAGUCGCAGAGCCAAGACAGCCAGUCUGAGCUUUCUGGUCAAAGCCCGCCUCUGGCCAAAGACUACAAACACCAACACGAGCAAUACAGCGACCCGUGGGAGAGGCCGCACAACUCGGAAGACCGAGAUCACUACGGGAGGCACAGCCACCACAGGGAGUCCCAUCACGGCAAAAAAAGCCGGCACCACGACAGAGAGAAGAAGAACGACUAUGGCCAUGAAGACAAGCACAGGGACAGGAGCAGGCAUCAUGGACACUCGGAUGACCGCCGCGGCGAGAGGAGGAAAGAGAGAUACCACUGCGAAGAUAACAGCAGCCGUCACAAGGACAGACACCAUCACAGACGGGAAUCCGAUUAUGAAAACGGACGAAGAAGUUACUCAUAAAACCAUUUUUUUUCUUUUUUGGGAUAAAGACAGCUGUAUUUUUAUCUGUUAUACAUUCAUAUGCAUCGCCAUACAACUUCCACCUCUGAGUAUGGACUGCUUAUGCUUUGAGAGUGGAGAAGAGACUAUUAACACUUUUUGUUUUUUAAUUCCGACCAAGAUAAAAACUCAACUUUCAUUUAAUCUUUUUAUUGUAAAUAGUUUUACACAAAGCUGCUGGUUUGAUGACAUUUCUAAGCCACCUGAAAAAAACAAAGGUGUAUUUUAGUGGAUGACUGAGAAAAACUUAAACUUGUGGCCUAAAUGUACUGAACAUAUUUAAGGAAAACAUUCAAACAGCAGCCGACUUUUGUUCUCAAAUUACCUUCUUUUAAUAUUUUAUAUGCUUACUUUCCAUUGAAUGUACAUUUUGACCUGUAAUAUACAUUAGAGAUAAGUGUGCCUUUGCACUUUGUGUUUGUGUACAUUUGGUAAUAAAACUAAUCCUCUUUUUUUU